AUGCCGAGCUCCUGCAGAGAACUAAGAGACGCACUGGCGCAAUGCCUGCAAGAAUCAGAUUGCAUCAUGGUCCAGCGCCACACCCCGCGUGAAUGCUUGAGCACCCCCCACGUCGAUGAACUGCCAAUGAAAUGCCAACAGUUGCGGAAAGGUUUCAGCGAGUGCAAACGUGGGUUGAUCGACAUGCGAAAGCGCUUCCGUGGAAAUCAGCCCAUUUCAGUUUCCAGGGAGCUCGAAGGCGGCAAAUCCCAGUCUCACCAGCAACUAUACGCCGGCAAGCCCGCCUUCGAGACUGUUAAGGAGAUUAGUGGGAAUGAAGUUCAGAUGGACCCUGAGAAGACUAGAGGACUAUAA